AUGGCUCAAGAACUCAAGGCAAAGGGUAAUGAGCUCUUCAAGGCUGGCGACUUCGUCGGCGCCGAAGAUUUCUUCUCCCAAGCAAUUCAAAAGAAUCCCCGCGAUGCAACUUUCUUCACAAAUCGUGCCAUAACCCGAAUCAAACUUGCCAAAUGGGCUGAUGUCGAACAUGAUGCCCGCGCCGCGAUCGACAUAUACGGACUGAAGAAUCCCGUCGUCCUAAAGAGCUGUUACUACCUUGCCCAAGCCCUCCUCGGUCUCCAGCGCCCGCAAGAAGCCUAUGAAGUCGCGUCCGACGCGUAUCAGCAGAGUCUGGCAGCUAAGAAUGCCCAGACGGAGAACUUGUCGCGUACAGUUCUGCGCGCCAAGCAGCAGAUCUGGGCAGCCAAGGAGACUGCUCGGGUGCGGGAGCUGAAUGAAACACUGGGCGCCGUCGAAGUGCUCAUUGAAGCCGAUGUGACGCGUGCGCUGGCCGAAUUGCAGGGCCGUCUGGAUCGCGAAGAGAUUGGAGAGAUUGGGUUUAUGGAGGAUCAGAAGGCGCUGCGGGAAGAUGCCGAAACCAAGGUUCAGAACCUGAGGGAGGCAUUCCGAGUUGCCUCGAAGGGUGAGAUUCAGGAACGGGUUGUUCCGGAUCAUUUGAUUGACGGCAUCACAUUUGAAAUCAUGCAUGAUCCAGUCAUCACACCAUCGGGCGUCAGCUUCGACCGCGUCGGGAUCACCAAGUAUGUUGAGAAAUCGGGUGUUGAUCCUUUGACUCGGGCUCCUAUAUCUGUCCAUGAUUUGCGGAACAAUUAUGCUCUCAAGGCUGCCUGCGAGGAGUUCCUGACAAAGAACGGAUGGGCAGUGGACUGGUGA